AUGGGCAUCGUCACAGCCGUCUUCAUGCUACUGCUCGCGCCAGCCGUCCUUCACCUUGUCUACUCGUUACUCUUGCGACACUUCAGUGUAAGACGGAGCAAGCACUGCCAAACUACCUGCCCUACAGGCCCUAUCAAAGAUGGAUUUUUUGGCCUUGAUUUUAUCUAUGACAUUAUCUUUCGCAAAAGAGAGGACAACUAUCUCACCUCCACAUGCAGACUGUUUAAGCAGUUUGGUUCCACGUACUCUAUGAAGAGUUGCGUCUGGGAGACCAUCUUUACCAACGACAGCCAAAACAUCAAAACCCUACUUGCCACGUCCUUUCAUGACUUUGAGCUUCCCAAGCUGCGUCGUGACGCCAUCUCUACGCUUCUGGGAACCGGCAUCUUCAGCGUCAAUGGUGCGCCUUGGUCGCACACCAGGGCCCUGCUGCGGCCCUGCUUCGCCAACAGAGACAAAGUGGCCGUGACGGCGAUGCUCGAAGACCACUUCCAGAGCUUACUGCACCACAUCCCACAGAAUGGAGACGAGGUGGACUUGCAGCCCCUGUAUUUUGCCCUGACCAUGGACUUUGCCACCGAGUUCCUCACCGCAACGUCCUCUCACAUGCUGGACAAGACCAAGUCGCACGAGAAAGAGUGGCAGUUUUUUGAAGACUACACCAUAUGCUCGGAAGAGGUCAUCAAGAAGAUGUGUCUUGGCCCGCUCCAAAUCCUGCGCUACAACCGCGCCGCGGAGCAGGCCAAGAAGCGCGUCUUCCGGUACAUGGAUGACUUCAUCGACGACGCCCUGCAGAACACAGAUGCAGGCGAGUCGCCGGAGCUCAACGUGCUGACCAAGCUUGCCGCUGUCACGCAAGACCGCAAAGUCCUGCGAGACCAGAUGCUGCACCUGUUGUUGGCGAGCCGCGACACCACGGCCAGUCUGCUCUGCAACUUGUUCUUCAUGCUGGCCAAGGAGCCUGCCAUGUACGAGACGCUGAGACAGGAAGUGCGCGGCGUGUGUGGCGAUGCGCCACCCUCGCCAGAGCAGCUGAAGCAGAUGGUGUACCUUUGUCGGUGCGUUCAGGAAUAUGCUCCUCCUUUGGAGCGAUCGCCCCAGGACCAAGAAGCAUUUGCGCUGACAAGCCGAGUAGCACUCCGCCUGCAUCCUGUGAUACCCACCAAUGCACGAGAGGCCACACGCGACACGACGUUGCCCGCCGGGGGCGGCAAGGACGGCACCGAGCCACUGCUGGUACCAAAGGGCACCUUUGUCGUCUACAACGUCUUCGCGAUGCACAGAGACGAGGCCGUCUUUGGUGCCGACGCGGACAAGUUCCGCCCCGAUCGGUGGGCUGGCCUGCGCCCCGGCUGGGCUUAUCUCCCAUUCAAUGGCGGACCACGCAUCUGCCUAGGCCAGCAGAUUGCGCUGCUCGAGUCGCAGUACUUGGUGGCGCGCAUGGUACAGACCUUUCGGACUAUGGACUCGCGAGAGAGCCGAGACUGGGAGGAGCUCUUUGCCCUGGCCAUUACGUGCAAGCAUGGAGUCAAGGUCAAGCUGGAAUGGGCAUGA